ACAGAAAUGGUUCCAAUCGUUUUUCCACCGUUCGUUUGAGCCAUUGUGGAUUUUAGAAACGCUUCAAUUAAGGGCUGUGUUUUCAUGUAGGUUUACCCUGCCGGUACGUUUUGAUAACUAUGCUAAUUAGCUGUUAAUGCGGAUAUCAUCUAGAACUACAAAUGCCUGUCUCAAGCUUAACGACACUCACGAGGGCCUUGAAGAUCUGGACGAUACUGUCAAAUUGAGGCAAAGAACCAGUGGGUGUGCCUGAGUCUUGCCACCUCUCAACUAGUUGAACUUGGUGACUGAUGCCAUGGCGGUGGCUGCUAAGACGGCAGCAGCUGCGAACCAGAAGACUGCAGCUCAGGUCCACACCUUCCCUGUCUGUCGGUUGAGUAGUAUUGAUGCAGACCCGAAGACGUUCAAGCAGCACUUUGAGAGCAAGCAUUCCAAGUCUACAGUGUUCCCGGUACUGGUUGAUGUGCAGGCCUAAGGAAGCACAUACACCAGCUGUAGGUCCAUUUGAUUGCACACGAUGACCAUGAAUUGAAUGCUGCAACUGAGAUGGAAUGACGUCAAGGGACACAUACUGAGACCCAGAGUAUGACUGGACAUGGGCCUAAAAGUGCUGCAGAAGCACACAAGCACCCCAUUUUAUGUUUAUUCCAUGGUCAACCAUCUCUCUAGUUAACCAUUACUCCACACUAUACCCUUUUAUGGUCUUUCAACACUUCAAGUUUAAAUCUGAUCUCUAUAAACCCACCCUACCUUCGCCCAUUUUCCCUAUGCUGCUUCCUUCACUUGUUCUUCUCCUGAUUUGAUAACAUCUAGACUCAGUAACAUGUUUAAGUGUUGUGGUGUAUUGUUUUUGCUACCUUUUUUUAAUCUGUGUAAUGUUGUCCUCCUGCUGCUUAUUCUGGGGUUCAGACUGAAUGCAGUGGUAAAUAAUCUGCUCACAAUUGACAGCAGCAACAUGGACCUGUUAAAUUGACAAGAAGUGUGUUGAUAUAGCUGCGAUUAGGCAUUGCUUCCUUGUUUUGAGUAUGUGUGUUUCUCAUUUUCCUGGAGUUGGCUAGCUUUGAUAAAAAAUAUCAAAUUUCAAUUUGUAACUUGCCUACCAAAAUCACAAUAUUCUGUUUUACACUUAUUUGUGCCGGUCUAAUUCCUAAAAUGGAAAAGCAGAAUCUGUGCGCUCUCGGAUGAUGAUGAUAAUAGUUCAUAUGGUGCUCUUUGACGUUCCAGGUUUGUGACAUUGACUAAAUCAUUUUAAUGUUGGCUUAAAUUCAGAGGUUUAUAUGUAUGCAUUGUUUACUAUUUUGAUUUCUUAAACGAUGUAAUUGUUGGACUUCAGGUGUUUGACGUCAUUUGAUGGGUGACGAGGUGCAUUGUCAAAUACACUUAUCCAUAAUGGAUACAUUCUGCAAUGAGUUGAUCUGGGUUUGAUUCUGCAACAGAACAUGUCAACAAGUUAGUUCUGAAUUUAUUUUCAUACAGCAGUGCAUUCUGACACCAUGAAUUGAAAUAGAUUUCAUAUAGUUAAGGAAAGACUGACACUGGCUGAAGGAGAAGAGGAUCUGGUUAGCUGAAAUAAGGUUAUUAGGCUAAUAUCAACUAGAUAGCUAGUUCUUUUUUGCAGAGAAUCUUAGUAUUCAUGGCAUGUUAUAAAUACUAGACUGCUACUAGGAUAGUGUUCUAUACAAGACCAAAUGCAUAAACAAAUAUUAGUUCAGUAAGAUAUAGAACAGUAAAUACACUUUUUUUUAAAGUAGUGACGGUGUCAGCUAGAGAUGAUGUGCAGGGUCUUGCAUGAUAGCUACUUUGAUGGUAAUUAUCAUUUUCAAAUCUGGGUAAAUAGAGCACGCUAUAUUGAUAAGUCACCUUGUCAGAGAGAUUCACACGGUUAUCAAAACGUAUGGAGUGUUAGGCUCCCAGGUUUUUUGGUUUUCUUCCCCUAUGGUCUGUCGAGAAGCCUCUGGAAUGUUCUAGUUGGUGGCACUGACUGAAGGGUUUUAAGCAAAGCUAUUUCUGGAGCACCGGGGACAGGGUACAACUGUGGUGCAGAUGGGGGAUAUUUAUAACACUUGACACCAAACGGUAGCAAUGAUCACAACCCUCUGAACUGAAAAGAGCUACGAGUGUGAGAGUGAAAUGUUUUCUCUACCUGAUCAUUACUUUUAUUAAGGGGAAAUUACAUAAUGGUCUGCCUCACUGUGAUCAUGGUGCGAGCUAAGUAAACACUGUCAACGAAUCCCCUUAACUACAACUGAACUAUAUUUUUACAGGAAACAAUUCACUUGCGUAUGAAUGUUAUUAAAGGAGCUUGACUUUUGAGUCCCUCUAGAAAAAGCCCUUGAAAUGGGGAAAUCCUCCAAUAGCAAAUGCUUGAUUCUGUUACAGAAUGCUUUGUUAGUGACUGUUUCCCAAUGAACGCGACCCAGUUGAAUAUGUUCAUUGUUUGUCCCUACAGGACCGAACGAGAUGUGACCGGCUGGUCAACAGACAAGCUGAAGGAGCUUCUAUUGGGGCUGCGCGUGGAGGGCCCAGAGGGGAGCUGCGAGGUCACUGACAUCCCCAAUCUGGAUGGUGAGGCAUCCAUCAACAACCGCAAGGGGAAGCUCAUCUACUUCUACGAGUGGAACGUCAAGGCGACGUGGACUGGAACAUCAAAAACCGGAAUCAAGUACAAAGGGAACAUCGAAGUUCCCAACCUCUCCGAUGAAAAUGACAUGGACGACCUAGAUAUCAGUGUGUCACUUUGCAAAGAUGAACCCAACACAACCCUCACCGAACUCAUGAAGAAGGAGGGAGCGAAGAAAGUGCGCGCUGCCCUGGGGAGCUAUGUGGACCACCUCAAAUCCGAGUUCACUCAGGGCAUGAUCCUCCCAACGGCGAAUGGAGUGGCGAGCAAGCCACAGCCAACGCAGACAAAGGUCAAAGUGGACAAAACCCAGAUUGGCUCCUCCGUAUCAGCCCCCUCUCCUAGCACAGGGGUCAAGAUCCCCACCUGCAAGUUUAGUCUCAAGGAGACCUUCCUCACCUCACCUGACGAGCUGUACAGAACCUUCAUCAACCAGGACAUGGUCCAGGCAUUCACCCAUGCUGCAGCAGUGGUCGACGGAGACAAAGGAGGGAAGUUUCAGCUGCUAGAGGGAAGCGUCAACGGAGAGUUUCUGGAGCUGGUCCCAGAUGAAAAGAUAGUUAUGAAAUGGAGGUUCAAGACCUGGCCAUGUGAGCACUAUGCAACUAUUACCCUGAACAUGAAGGAUCGAGGCAAUGAGACUGAGCUGAAGGUAGAAUUUAAAGGAGUCCCGACGGUAGAGGAGGAUCGGACAAAAGAGGGUUGGAAGAGACACUACUUUGAAGCCAUCAAACAGACUUUUGGAUUCGGGGCCCGACUCUACUGAAUGUCUUUAAAAAAAAAAGAGAAAAAAAAAACCUGAUUAUUUAAUGUAGAUGAAUACUCUCUUUAGUGCAGUCUCUGGUAGCACCAGCCCUACAUCGUGCGUAGACAAACGGUGCCUUUUCCACUUGGAAGACUGGCAGUCCGUGUAAGGGUCAUUGGUUCAAGGCUUUCUUUGAUGUCUGUGCUUACUUUACUGAGUCUAUAGGCAAAAUGAGAUGUAGAAACAAUUACUCGAUUGACAGUAUAUUUGGAAUUAACUAUUAGCAUUCUCAAUCUCCAAUUCUGCACAUUUGAAGUGUGUCAUGCUGAAAUAAAUGACAUUUUUACUGAA